UUAGAGAUUACCGCUCCGGUGACUCGUGGGAGGUUACUGCAGAGCGACCAAACGCUCUGCAGUAGCGGAACGGUACGUCCCGUGUAGUAAAUCUAACGCACCUAAAGCCAGCUCGUCCUCGCCGUGCGGCAUGUGCUCAUCCGGGUACUUCUACACUCAUCCAUCUGACCCAAUCCCCGAAUAUCUGCUCUCUAAGGUUGUUUUUAUCUAUUGUUUAGAGGUUUGCGCCUCCAUAUCGAGUUAAAACAUUUUAUUUUGAUUCUUAUGUGACCUAAAAUCAACAUUUGGGGUCUUUUAAAGAACAGUAGACGGUUUAAAAACAGAGCUGAGAAAGCACAUUACAGAAACGUGACAUGGAGAUAGUUACAUAAAAACAGAUUCUGACCAAUCAGAGCUCUCCGUUUCUGGAUCACAGUUCCUGUGGGCGGAGGAUGCGUUCAGACUGUGCAUCUUCUGGGUGCCGGAUGUUCCUCUUUAACGUGCAGUGAACACAGAGCAGACCCUCAGCGAUGGUGGUCAACACCGUCCACUGGUUCCGAAAGGGGCUGCGGCUGCACGACAACCCGGCUCUGACGGACUCCAUCCGGGGUUCGGACACCCUGCGCUGCAUCUACAUUUUGGACCCCUGGUUCGCGGGCUCCUCCAACGUGGGCAUCAACAGGUGGAGGUUUCUCUUGCAUUGUCUGGAGGACUUGGAUGCGAGUCUGCGCAAACUCAACUCCCGCUUGUUCGUCAUCAGAGGCCAGCCGACAGACGUCUUCCCGCGGCUUUUUAAGGAAUGGCAGAUCACCCGUUUGUCCUACGAAUACGACUCGGAGCCGUUUGGGAAGGAGCGCGACGCCGCCAUCCAGAAACUGGCCAGUGAGGCAGCCGUGGAGGUCAUGGUGCGGAUCUCGCACACGCUCUACGAUCUGGACAGGAUCAUAGAACUCAACAGUGGGCAGCCUCCUCUCACCUACAAACGCUUCCAGGCUUUGAUCAACCGGAUGGACGCCGUGGAGCUGCCGGCGGAGCGGAUCACCUCAGAAGUCAUGCAGACCUGCGUCACGCCCGUCAGUGAGAACCACGAUGAUAAGUUUGGAGUUCCAUCCCUGGAAGAGCUCGGUUUUGAAACAGAAGGCCUCCCCACAGCGGUGUGGCCAGGAGGAGAAACCGAAGCCCUGCUGAGGCUGGAGCGCCACCUGGAGAGGAAGGCAUGGGUCGCAAACUUUGAGCGUCCCCGAAUGAAUGCCAACUCCCUACUGGCCACGCCCACCGGCCUCAGCCCAUACCUGCGAUUUGGCUGUCUCUCCUGUCGGCUCUUCUACUUCAAACUCACCGACCUGUACAGAAAGGUUAAGAAGAACAGCAGCCCCCCUCUGUCGCUGUACGGGCAGCUCCUGUGGAGGGAGUUCUUCUACACCACCGCCACCAACAACCCCUGCUUCGACAAGAUGGAUGGAAACCCCAUGUGUGUGCAGAUCCCCUGGGACCGGAACCCAGAGGCGCUGGCCAAGUGGGCGGAGGGCCGAACGGGUUUCUCCUGGAUUGAUGCCAUCAUGACCCAGCUGAGGCAGGAGGGCUGGAUCCACCAUUUGGCAAGGCAUGCGGUGGCGUGUUUCCUCACCAGAGGAGACCUCUGGAUCAGCUGGGAAGAAGGCGUGAAGGUCUUUGAGGAGCUGUUGUUAGAUGCAGACUGGAGCGUCAACGCCGGCAGCUGGAUGUGGCUCUCCUGCAGCUCCUUCUUCCAGCAGUUCUUCCACUGUUACUGCCCGGUCGGGUUCGGACGGCGAACCGACCCAAAUGGAGACUACAUACGGCGCUAUUUGCCCGUGCUGAGGGGUUUCCCGGCCAAAUACAUCUACGACCCCUGGAACGCCCCCGAGGAGGUGCAGAAGGCGGCCAAGUGCAUCAUCGGUGUCGACUACCCCAAACCCAUGGUGAACCACGCCGAGGCCAGCCGCAUCAACAUCGAGAGGAUGAAGCAAAUCUACCAGCAGCUGUCCUGCUAUCGAGGGCUGGGGUUGUUGGCAUCGGUUCCUGCCAACGGAGGUGGAGGAACCAACACCAGCGAAGCUCCACGGGGGUCAGCGGAGGACAGGGACGAGGGAGCUCCUCCUUCAGAAAGAGAAGCGGCGACACAGAAGCGCCGACACGAAGAGGCUCCAUCAGCCGGCAGCUCCAGGUCCUGGAAGCAAAGCAAGCUGGGCAGCAGAUGAAGGAUCUCUGCCCUGCUGAUGAGAACCGGGCCGAACCGAACCGAACAUCUGCUUCAGUCAGUUCAGUUUGAGGAGCCGGACUGAAGCGGGUCAAGUCUUCAUGAGUGAAACGUGAAGCAGCUGUCGUCUUCCUGUUCAUCUUCUCCACAUGAAAACUCUGUUACAUCCUAAAUAUUUCAUAUUAAGUUAUUUUCAUGUAAAUAAAUAUUAUUUUUUGUACAGCAGAAGAAGCUGAAUCAUAUUUCCAGUAAUGAAAAAGCUGCUGUACAUUUUUGUAAAUAAUUACUGUUUUUGUAAAUUUGCUUAAAGGAUUAAAAAAAAAAGGUCCUUUUGUAAAAAGUUGGUUCUGUUGUAACGGGUAUUUUUAUUAUUAAAAAGUUAAUUUUCCAGAUGUAAUAAAAACAAGAAAACCCUCAGAA